AUGGCGUGGAUCUUCCCGUGUCAAUCCACCAAGGGGUGCACCCGGAACAUCUCGAGAAGGGAACUGCGGGAAUACUCGACUACUUCAAGAGGCAGCUGUUGUCGACGUGGCUGCAGUCAACCGAGCUACUCCUGGUGUGCUACGACCGACAGGAACUGGUGCCGGGAAUCAAAGGACAAGAGCAGCUUGGGAGGACCGAGAGAGUGCUCUCGGACCUUCGACCCGAAGUCAACGGACCCUGUUCCUUCGUUACAGUAUGGACCCUGGCUUCGAGCCGAUGGCAAGGCGGCGCGGGACGGAAUCGCCGCCUACCUCGCCAUCCGCGUGCUAGCUGAUGAAGUCUGGACCGGCGACACCAAGCCGAACGGAAUCGUCGCAUUCUAUGGCGUCGGGGGUGAGCCUGGUCUGUGUGCUGAUCAUCCAGCUGGUGUAGAUGCGGAGGGCGAAGACCUUGAGAUGGGAGGGAUAAGUGCCGCGGAGGCGCUUUCCGGAACCGAACCACUCCUGCACUUUCGAAACGGAAACGACUCUAUUCCUGGGGUCGAGCGGCAGCGAGGCCCGGACAUCGGCGAGGCGGAGCUCUCCGUGAUACACUUCAUCGUUUGGGCGAAGAAGUAUUGGGGGAAAAGCUUCGACAAGUGGAUCGUUUCAUCGGUAGACACGGACCUAUGGAUGAUCAUUCUACUGGCGAUGACCACUGGUUGGCUCCGGCCUCGUGGCGAGGGGGCGGUUGACGUGACCG